AUGAAUAUGGACUAUAUAUUUGACUCAUAUCGAAGGGUCUGUUAUCAUACAAACUGGUCCCAGUAUAGAACCUCCACAGGAAAAUUCAUGCCAACAGAUAUAGGUCCGGACUUCUGCACACAUCUAAUAUACUCCUUUGCCAAAUUACAGGGGAACAAACUACAUUCGUUCGAAUGGAAUGAUGAAAGUACUCCCUGGAUGAAAGGAAUGUAUGCUAAAUUCAAUGAAUUAAAGACUCAAAACCCAAAUUUAAAAACUCUCAUUGCCGUUGGAGGAUGGACAUUGGGUUCAAAACCGUUUAGCCACAUGAGUGCUACUGACGCAGACAGACGGGAAUUCGCCAGAACAAGUGUUGCCUUUCUUAGGAACCAUGAUUUCGAUGGUUUAGAUAUUGAUUGGGAAUAUCCAACCAAACGGUCUGGAUCAACAACAGCAGACAAGCGCAAUUAUAUCGAAUUAUUAAAGAUUUUAAAGCAAGAAUUUGAUGCAGAAACCAAAACGACUGGGAAACCAAAACUGAUUUUGUCGGCUGCUGUUCCCGCAGGCAAAAGUAAUAUAGAUAGUGGCUACAACAUACCGGAGAUGGUAAAAUAUUUAGAGAUGGUCAAUCUAAUGACCUAUGAUUUGCAUGGAAGCUGGGAAACCAAAACAGGUCACAACAGUGGUUUAUUCAAACACACCGGAGAAACAGGAGAUGCAGCAUCAAUGAAUUUGGAUUGGGCCGCUAAUUACUGGGUAAAAGGAGGUAUGCCAGCUUCUAUGAUAAAUGUAGGGUUGGCUAUGUAUGGGAGAGGUUUCACUCUACGAAACCCAGGCAGUCAUGGUUUAGAAUCACCUUCCAGAAGUCCAAGUGAUGCUGGACCUUUUACUGGAGAAAAGGGUUUCAUGGCAUAUUAUGAGAUUUGUGAACUAUUGCAAACUGGUGGAACAAGACACUAUCUUGCUGAUCAAAUGGUCCCCUAUGUUGUAAAAGGGUCACAAUGGAUUGGAUAUGAAGAUGUGGAUAGUAUAAGAACAAAGGUUAAGUACAUUAAACAACAUGGUUUUGGUGGAACUAUGAUCUGGGCUCUAGAUCUAGAUGAUUUCCAUGGCAACUGUGGACAAGGAAAAUUUCCUUUGAUAAAUGCAAUAAACGAUGAACUUAAGAGAAGUGGUGGUCCUGUCAUACAGCCAGUACAACAGUCUACACCCCUAGUAAAUUCACAGACUACAACUCAACACUUGACAACAACAAGUACAACGAUCAAACCAAAAGUUAUAAAUACAACAAAAGGAGUUUCAAAGGAAGCAGCUGUUAUAAAUGGAGGAGGCUGCAUAUAUUGA